GACAAAUUAAAGGAAGAAGCUCCCUUUGCAGUUGAUUUGAUCUUCCUCUCUCUCUCUCUCUCUCUGCGUUGUUUCUGCUACAGUUUCAUUAUGUGGGAAUUGCAUGUUGUUGUUGAUGAUGAUGGGCUUUGCUCAUUUGCUUCAUGCAAAGCUAUUAUCUCAUCAGGGACUGCAGAUUUAACUCCUUUUGAUUGAGAUUCAAGUCACAAAGACAAAACUCCCAGAAUGAACAGAGUUUGCUCGCCUUAUUUUGAUCCUGAUUUUGAUAACCUCCCAGAGAGGAUACAUGGGCCAGCUUUUAGAGUGAAUGUAGACAAUGAAAGCUUAGAGGAUUGCACGAUUGUUAAGAUCGACUGCGUGAACAAGCAGAGCCUCCUCUUGGAUGUGGUGCAAGCUCUCACUGAUUUGAACCUCACCAUAUCUAAAGGCUACAUCUCUUCUGAUGCAGGCUGGUUCAUGGAUGUUUUUCAUGUGAAGAAUGAGCUGGGCUUCAAAGUUACCGAUCAAAGAGUGAUCAGCUACAUCCAGCAGGCGAUGAGCUCAGGCAACGCGUCUAGCCCGAAGGCGAAGGCGAAGGCGACGAGUAGUUUGGCGAUAGAGAUGACGGGGAAGGACAGGCCGGGGCUGUUCUCGGAGAUCUCAGCAGCACUGGCUGACAUGGGGUGCAACAUCAUCGAGGCGCACGCGUGGAGCCACAACGCGCUCCUCGCCUGCGUUGCUUACAUAUCGGGCCAGUCUGUCGACACCCCAAUCGACGACCACAGGCUCCACGCCAUCGAGGACCACCUCACCACGGUCCUCCGCGCCACCACUGCCACGGAGGAGAGUGCAGAGGUGAAGCCCGCAGCAGGGCUGCCCCUGCCCAAGGGGGAGCUCGGCACCACCACCAGAGUGGAGCGCCGCCUGCACCAGCUCAUGCUCGAGGUGCGUGACUUCGACAGCCCGUCGGCCUCCCUCUCGGACCACCACGGGAGGACCAGCGUGGCCAUCGAGAGGUGCCUUGAGAAGGGCUAUUCAAUUGUCACCAUCCAAUGCAAAGAUAGGAGGAGGCUCAUGUUUGACACUGUCUGCACACUUAUUGAUAUGCACUAUGUCAUCUUUCAUGCCUCUGUAGAUGCUUGCAGAGGCUAUGCAUAUCAAGAAUACUUUGUGAGGCAUGCAGAUGGGCGCGCAUUCAACACGGAGAGUGAGAAAGAUAGAGUCAUAAAAUGCUUGGAGGCAGCCAUAGAACGCAGGGUUUGUGAGGGGGUUCGUGUGGAGCUGUGCGCGUACAGCAGGGUGGGGUUGCUCUCGGACAUAACACGGGUGCUUAGGGAGAACGGGCUAGCAGUGGUGAGGGCAGACAUUGCAACACAAGGAGAGAAAUCAGUGAAUGCUUUCUAUGUGAGGGAUACCUCAGGGAACCAUGUGGAUUUGGAGUUCAUCAAGUCCAUGAAGAGAGAGAUGGGUACCUCAAUAGAUCUUGAAGUGAUGGACGACGACAGGAGGCCACCAUCGUCGCCUGAAAGGCCUAAGUUCUCCAUCGGGGAGAUAUUCGAACGCCUCUCCCAUGCUAUCAAAUGAUGUACAUACAUAUGCAUAGCUAGCUUACCUUUCUGUAGCUGAAACAGAUUCAUAUUUUGUACAUAAACAUAUACACACUAGUUUUGCUUAUCAAAUGCGUAAAUUUAACCGCCGAAGCCAAA